AUGCCGCCGAAGGCUAGGAGGGGCGCCGCGGCGGCGGGGAGGAAGGGGCCAGGGACGAGGGGCAGGCUGGUGAAGGCGCAGGCGGCCGUGGAGGAGGUGCCCGCCGAGGAGGUUAAGGCUGCGGAGGAGGCCCCGAAGGUGGAGGAGCAGAAGCGCCAGCCGUCACCGCCACUGCAGCAGCCGGCCGCGGAGGAGAAGGCCUCGUCCGACGCUGCAGCGAACGGCGCGAGCCACGGUGAAGAUGAGGGAACUACAAAAGAAACAUAUGAAGAGGAUAAAGGUGAACGAUUGGAAUUUGAAGAUGAACCAGAAUAUGAAGAGGAGGCUGCUGUGGACUACGAUGAGAAGGACUUGGAGCAAUAUGAAGAGCAAUACGAGGAUGGUGAUGAAGUGGUGGAAUAUACUGAAGAUGUGAUUGAAGAGGAGACGGAUAUGGUAGACGAGGAAUUGGAUGGUGGGGACGAUGGGGAGGGUGAAGGAUAUGAAAAUGCCGAAGAAGAGCAUAAUGUGGAUGUGGAGGAUGAAGAGCAUCAUGAAAUGGUGAAAGAGCAUCGCAAGCGGAAGGAGUUUGAAGUUUUUGUUGGUGGGCUUGAUAAAGAUGCAACAGAAAGCGAUCUUAGGAAGGUUUUUGGUGAAGUUGGCGAGAUCACUGAAGUUCGUUUGAUGAUGAACCCUGUUACAAAGAAAAAUAAAGGCUUUGCCUUUCUGCGAUAUGCGACUGUAGAACAAGCAAGGCGGGCGGUGUCAGAGCUAAAGAAUCCUUCGGUGAGAGGCAAACAAUGUGGUGUUGCUCCUAGUCAUGACAACGAUACUCUUUUUGUGGGCAAUAUCUGCAAGACAUGGACUAAAGAACAUCUGAAGGAGAAACUCAAGAGUUACGGUGUUGAGAAUUUUGAUGAUCUACUAUUAGUUGAGGACAGCAAUAAUCCAGGAAUGAAUCGUGGGUAUGCUUUACUUGAGUUUUCUACUCGCCCUGAAGCAAUGGAUGCUUUUAGGCGAUUGCAGAAGAGGGAUGUAGUUUUUGGAGUUGAUCGUAGUGCAAAGGUUUCCUUUGCUGAUUCCUACCCCGAAGUUGACGAUGAAAUAAUGGCACAGGUUAGAACUGUAUUUAUUGAUGGCCUUCCUCCCUCAUGGGAUGAAGAUCGUGUCAAGAAGUACCUUAAAAAAUAUGGAGCUAUUGAGAAAGUUGAACUAGCCCGAAAUAUGCCAGCAGCCAAGAGAAAGGAUUUUGGGUUUGUUACUUUUGAUACACAUGAUAAUGCUGUUGCAUGUGCUGAUGGGAUAACUAAUUCUGAGAUUGGUGAAGGUGACAGCAAGGCAAAAGUGAGAGCCAGAUUGUCGAGACCAUUGCAGAGACCUCCUAGAAUGAAGCAUGGAUUAAGAGGAAAUUUUAGGGUUGGGCAGGGUGCUCCUCGAGGUGGACGUUUUGCAUAUGAUCGUCCUCCUCCACUUCGCCGGCCUCCACCUCGUCUUUUAAGACCCGAUGUUAGUCGCUUACCACCACCGGUCAGGAGCCGCCCACUGAAGAGGCCAGUAGAUAUUAGAGAUAGGCGCCCUGUUAUGUCAAUACCAGAUAGAGUUAGGCGUUUGCCUCCACCCGAGAGAUCAUAUGACAGAAGGCCCCCAGCUCCUGUGUACCCAAAGAGAAGCCCAAGGAGAGAAUAUGGAAGGCGUGAUGAACUUCCUCCGCCAAGAAGCAGAGCUACCUUUGGUGACUAUAGUUCAAGAGUUCCAGUGGAUAGACGCCCCUAUAGGGAUGAUUAUUCACCCCGGGGGUCAGCCUAUUCGGACCUAGGUCCUCGUAGUGCUCCCCGCCUUUCUGAUAGGCGAGCAUAUAUUGAUGAUGGUUAUGGAGGGAAGAUUGACCGUCCUUUACCAACAUAUAGGGAGGGCCGUGGUCGUGAUUAUGAUACAAUGUCUGGUUCAAAACGCUCAUAUGCUGAGAUGGAUGAUGUGCCACCUCGAUAUCAUGACAUUAGUGUUCGUCAGUCUAAGGCACGCUUAGACUAUGAUGUUGGUGGCAGCAGUGCCCGGUAUGCAGAUACAUAUAGCGAGAGGCUUGGACGAUCACAUGCGGGAUACAGUGGUGGCAGAUCUGUCUCUGGUCAUGAUCCAGUGUACAGUAGUGGUCGGCAUGGCAUGAGUUAUGGAGGUUCCGCAAGCAGUAAUGAUGCUGGUGGAAUGUACUCAUCAAAUUUCAGUGGUAGCUACAUGUCUCGUGGGUCUGAUGUUGGUGGAAGUUCAUAUUCAUCACUUUACUCAGGGCGUAAUGUAGGUAGCAGCAGUGGCUACUAUGGCGGUAGUGGUUCUAGUUCAUAUUACUGAGAGAAGGCAAAUGCUUCCCCUUCUAUCAAACAAGGAACACCCUCCGUGAUCAACCAUGAAUUGUUUUGAUGGUACAGAUUUUGCAUCAUAUCGUCUAUGGAACACACAUGGCACCGUAGGAGGUUGGUGUAGGCCCCGGAUUGUAUGGAGCUCCUUAAUUUAAGGCCUACGGACCUGGACAAGAAGUGGCAAUUGUGUGUGGUGCUCCUGAAUUAGACAUGAUCAAAGAAGUCAGAAACACCAAGUUGGUUAAAGCAAUAGUCUUGUGGAUGUUCUGGCUAGUUUCUUUAAUGUAAGGCUUUGCUUUAUUUGGUCAAGAAUUGUGAACAUAAUCGCCAGCUAUGGUAUCUUGGCAUGUUUACUUCCAGUGUUUCUAAACAUUUUUGAGAGAUAUGGAGUGUUUCAGUAAAAUAGUAUUAUGAGGUAGUUCCCUGAAAUACAUGGUGCCUUGAAGAUCUCUUGUGAUGUGCUGGCUGAAGAUCAGACUUACAAAUGAAGCCUUAGAAGGGGGCGCUUUGUGUAAGGCUGUUACUUCUGAAACAUUUGGCAUCUGCUCUCUAGUGGUUUGGUAAUUUGCUGUGCCAAAAGAUGAUUGGUCAGACUGAAACUCUGGACUAGUUAUUUGGUAACUGCUGAAAAAUUGGAUUUGUUGGUUGCUGAAAUUGGGAGAAACCAUUUAUAUGGCUCAAAGUAGUUCUUUCACCAAGCGAUUACCUAGGCCUUGCCAUAAUAAGUUUAAGAUAACAGAACCUGCAGUUACAGAACUAUGAUUAUGGUCUUGGAUUGCCGCUGUUGAUUAGCAGCAGCAUAGAAUUCAGGGCACCCAGGUAUAUCUAACAAGCAAUGCCAUCAUUGAGCACAACAUUUCACUUGCUACUCGUUUCUGUAAUUUCUGUCAAGUGCUGCAUGGAGCAUGGAUAAUAUAUCUUUGGGAAAGAAGUGGUAAUUGGACAAUUGCAAACUUUGAAGAAAUUUGCAGGAAGCAUGAAGCAUGAUGCACUGACUAAAUAAGUUUCAGAAAAAAAUAAAUAUGGUUUUGCUAUGACACCUAUGUUUGAUUUACCAUCAUGAUAACAUGAUAGUUAUGGUAUAUUUGGGCCCUUUAUCCCAUUAGAUGGAGAUAUAUUUGGGCCAAAUUUCUUACAACCAAAUUUAUUUUGUAACAAUUUUUUGUAAAUAGACAAUUUUACCAAGAUAUUAACGCAUUAGGGAACAAGUUCUCUGUUGAUAGCUA